AUGAAUUCAUCCCUUUGCCUUUUCACCCAUUUCCCUGCCAUCGAUGAUCGAUUCUUCACAGCUAAUCUUCGUCUUUUGCCGGGCAAUGGCCAAAUCCCAUCAUCAGUUGGGAAUUUGAAGAAUCUCGAAUCAUUGGACCUCUCCUCCAAUCAACUGACUGGGGAAAUACCAGAGAAUAUUUCAGGCCUCACCUUCCUGUCAUUCUUAAAUUUGUCACAUAAUCAACUAGUUGGAAGGAUUCCAGGAGGAAGACAAAUGCAAACAUUCCUAGAAAGUUCUUUUGAAGGAAACAGUCGUUUGUGUGGAUUCCAGUUGAACCGAACUUGCAACGGUGACAGAGAUCCUGCACUUCCAGAGUCUCAGUUGGAGGAAAAGCAGUUAUAUUCCAAGACAGAAAUCUACGUUAGUGUUGCAGUUGGAUCUUUGGUAGGUCUAGCUUUCUUUUUCGGGCCACUUUGGCUAUCCAAGAGGUGGAGAAUCUGCUACAAUAAAAAUGUUGAUUAA